AUGUUGAACAUGAUCCGUCACGGAGCGAGAAAGAUCUUCGCUGGCGAAUGCACAGGAGCUCUCGAUGUCAAUCUGAACAUCGAGGAAGUCCUCAAAGCCGGAGAAAAGAAAAAGCUGAGCAAAACUACAAGUCCUUUAUUAAGUCAACCAAGAGCGCAAACUAGCAACAAAAAAAAUCAAGUUCAUCGAUACUAUUUGCCAAGCGCACAGUUAUCAAUACACACCUCCAAUGAAGACCAAAAGCGCCUGUGUAUUCUUCAUUUUGAAGCUCAGUCAGAAAAAAUUCAUCUUCCGCAGAAGAUUUGCCCGAAUGGCAACCGAAACCUCAAGCGAGUCGGAGAGCGGAAACUUAUCUACAAAUCAGCUGAUGCUAAAAGAUCAAAGCGCACGAAAAAACCGUCACAAUUCCAGCAUUUUGGCAAGCAACAGUGCCAAAGCGAUGUCCACAACAUGAUUUACUCGAUUGAGAAGCGUUUUAGCAAAACGACAACGCAGCUGCAAAUGGAUGAAGAUCUCAAUGAAUACGAAAGUACCAGCUCCGAAAGCAGACCUCAACCUCAAAGAUUCGAUGGCAUAUCUUGA